AUGCCCCGGCCACGCCCUCCUCCUACGCCGACCAAUUCGACGGACCUACAAGCACUGGAAAAGACGAUUACAUCCUCGGAGACGGAGCUAAUGUUUGCUCUACCUCCUCCGGCCCUCCGUUCGAGCGAGACAGACAUCCAGCUCAACAGGUCGAAGUCGUCCCCUCGAGGAACUUCAUUCGGCGUUGCAGUCCCUCAAAAUACUCCUCCCAUCUCACCAAAGGACAAUGCUCUUUAUUCGAGCCCUCGACAUAAGCGGACGGCCUCUGGUGUCAUCAAGUAUAGCAAAGAGCCGGUCAAUAUCCUAUCGAGUUGCGAGCUUCCACCACCGCCUAGUCGUGCUAGGAAGAUCAUCCAGAUGAAACCAAAGCCCUUGACCACAGCCAAAUCCUCUUCGGCUGACUACCAUCCUCCAGCAUCGGCUGCGGCUGCUCACACUUCAAGCUCGAAGCAAACUGCUGCCUCGACCAAGUCCAAACAGAAGCAGUCUUCGGCCACCAAUGCGGCAGGUCGGAAAAUAGCUCGCAAGACUGCUCACAGCAUUAUCGAGCGGCGCAGACGGUGUAAAAUGAAUGAAGAGUUCGGCGUGCUGAAAGACAUGAUUCCUGCCUGUGAGGGGGUGGAAAUGCAUAAACUGGCCAUUCUGCAGGCAGGCAUCGAGUAUGUCCGAUAUCUGGAAGGAUGUGUGGCACAACUCAAGACCGAGAAUGAGAAAAAGGGUGAAUUCGAAUCGAGUCGGACCAAGCUUUACGAGCAAUCGGAAUACGUCGACGAAAAUGAAGAAGUGGAAGAGAUUCCUGACAAAAUCGGCGAGCAAGUCUCCCCACCAGCGUCUCCCGUCGUACGGCAAGGCUACAAUCAUUCUACGGUCACGACCAACGAAUCGUCUUUGAGAGACUCGGCUACAUAUUCGAACGCCUCCCCAAGCAGUUGGUCCUAUUCCUCUCCACAGUUGCAGUCUCAGUCACAAAGUCGAGAAAAUCAUUCAGCGCGAUCCCAGAAUCGACCUGUCGUUUCCCACUGUAAGGGUUCGUCCACAAUCCCGCCAGUCCAGUUGGCCGCUCACUCUGAUGCUACCUCGGCAACACCUACCUCUACUGUCCUCAGUCCAGCACUCAACUGUACCCAUUCGUCAUCUGAUCUGAGCCGCACUCAAAAGGCCAGUAAUGUCAGUAUGUUAGCAGGUAGUGGAGCAUUGGGUUGCAACGCGCCGUCAACGUCUGGGUCAUGGACAACAGUGAACCAAUCUUCCGAUCCCAGCCCUAAUAUCCAAUCGCUCCCAUCGCCUGCGGUAAUGCAUCUACCACUGCCUCAUCCCCAGCCAUCACUCCUGGCCGGUUCAUCACUGCAACUUGCUCAUAUGAACGUCAGCGUUCAAUGUGAUAGAAGCACUCAGAGCAAAUCACCCGCAGUGUUAAGUGAUGUCUCGGCCACUGCAGAAGCCACAGCUGGUGCCGCUCUUAUGAUGCUCACGAACGAGUGGAGAGGUGGUGGAAGGGGUCAGAAUCUCGAGAGAGGGAACGAGCGCAUGGAUCAAGGCUGGGGUCACAGAGACAAAACUAAGGCAAUGAGUGUGAGGGAUCUACUGACUUCAUGA